AAUCAGUAUAGAACAACAACUCAAAAUGAACAACCAAAAGGAUGGGAUGAAUUCGGGUAUCAUCGGGUAUCAUCGGCAAUCACCAUGGUAAAACUAACGGCUAUCACCAUUUGAUAGGAUGAACUAGGUAUUAGUUGUUCAACGGACAAGGAAGUAAAACGAGUUCAGAUAAAGUGAUCGAUGCAAGCUGAAGAGAAUUAGACUUGGGAACAUUAUAAACGAAUUGAAAAAAUUUUGAGGCAUACUACAAAACAUGGAGUGGAGUCAUGGAGUGGAGUGGUGGGGUGGAGUCAAAAUUGGAGUGGAGUCGUGGAGUGGAGUCAAAUUUUACAAAACAUGGAGUGGAGUCAUGGAGUGGAGUGGUGGGGUGGAGUCAAAAUUGGAGUGGAGUCGUGGAGUGGAGUCAAAUUUUGGAGUGGAGUCAAAUUUGGAGUGGAGUCAUUGAGUCAAAAUUUUGAAAUGUUGUAUUAAGCCUGUGAAGCUCCAUCUAAAUUCCUGUUAACAAAAUAAUUGAUUUAUUGCCCUUUGGAGAAAAUGCGAGUCAGUAUAUAAUAUAAUAUAUUUCUGAAAAAAUAAAUGUAGUGUCUAUAUCUAUGUUCUAGUUCCAUGUAUUUCUAACACCUACCAUGCGGUUGAUUAAAUAUUUAAAGGUUUUAUUAGGGUAUAUUGGAUGGUUGUUGCCUACAUUAAUUUUCAUUUUAAGUGUCAGGAGAAAGGACGUGCAUUAUCAUAGUGGUGUCAAUUCCAAUUAAAAAUGAUGAAAAAAAUUUGUAGCAUUUUAUGAUGUAGCACUGGAUUUAUUAUUUAAAUUUGAAAUGGCAUUUGCAUUUAUAUGUUAAAUGUUCAUCACAUGGAGAUAACAUGUUAUUUUUCUUGUUUUUUUUUUUUCUUGUUAAUAUUAAAAGUAACAGACUUUUAGGAGAAACUUUAUAAAAUACAUGUUUCUUAUCUGUGAAAUGCAUUUGAGACCACUCGGAUGAAGGGGCUAUUGGAAUCAUUAGGUCAAUGUGACCAUUUGAAGAGAAUUUUCUUUUAAACAUUACAAGCAACAGCCCAUUUCUUAACGAUCUUACCAUCACACUUGCACCAGAUUUUAAUUCUUCAUAUCAUUUGGAUUGAUGCAGAAAUGAAAGUGUAAACGUGGGAAUCAUUUUAUUUUUUAUAGAUCAAGGCCUUAUAGCUCUGACUCUGCUAGACUUUUUAGUCUGAUUUGCCUUGUAAUCACUCCUGAUCUAGAUCUAGAUCUUAAGAUCACUUCAUAUUGUAUAUAAAUAUGAUUAGGAUUCCAAAAGAAAUCAAGAUACAUGUAAUGUACUAGAUCUAACAAGGUGAUAUGUACAAGUUGUGUUAAACUGAAGGCCGGCAACUCUUGACUUACAGUAUACAGGUGUAGCCCAGAAUCAAACUUGGCUGAGAUUUUAAGAUUACAUGUGCAUUGUAUUUUAUUUUGAUAUGUGUGUACAUAGAUGAAAUAGUAAUAAAUUAACUAAAUUAUUUGCCCAGUAUAUUUCCAGAAGGUAUUUAGCUACCUGUGAUAAACACAGAAUGGUGAAAAUCAAUGAAAAAUCCAAGUAAUAGACAGUUUUGGAUGGCAGAAACAUACCGUAGAAGUGGUAAACUUAGCAAGGUGGAAAUUUUGGCAAAUUGUAAAAAUUCGCUAAUAUUUGUAAAUAAAAUUGUAAUGUACCAUAACAAUGUGUUAUCAUUACAUAAGUCAGGAAAUCAGAAAUUUGCUAAAAAUUUGUGCACCCCAAACAGAUGGAUUUCAAAAAUUGCUAACUUUUUGACACUCAGAAAUACGAGGGUCGUUCAAUAAAUAAUGCUACUCCAUGUGUAGUUCCUUAACUGGUGGUUAUUUUUCAGUGCGGUUUUACAUUGUAAAGCAAUUUUUUGGGAACAAAGUAACAUCGGAAUAAAAAAAUCGUUAAAAUAAUUACUUGAAUGAGGUGUACAUGCUGGUUACUGGAGCAUAUCAAAAAAUAAUCAUAACUUCGGUUUGACCUGGGCAUCCAGGUCUCAGAAUAAUAGAAUAACUUGUGAAAUCUCAUAAUUCUAUCAUUUUUGUACGAGAUACAGCAAUUUGUGAUGAGUUUGAGUUUGUUUUUAAACACUUAUUGCGUUUUUCAUUUUACAAGACAACUAAAACAUCUUAACUCGAGGUUAAUUCCAUCUGAAAUGAGUCUCGCUAGCGGUUAAUCUUAAGUUGUAAGAACUUAUUUCGCAAUCGAAAAUAAAGAAAUUAGUGUAAACUUAAAAUACAAGAAUUUUUUCAACGAUCAACAUCACACCUGACAAAAUUGCAGAGGCUUAUUGUAUUCAACUCCUCAUUUUUCGAGUAAAAAUGUGCAACCAUUUAAUACAGUAACACUAAAUUGUGGGUUGCUAUAAUGGAAAAAUGUUUCAUUGUAGCAACCUGCAGCCCGCAAAAUAUAUACAUGUACACAAAAUUGCGGGUUUCGGGCUGCAGGUCGCGGGUUGAUACAAUAGAAAUUUUGUCAGCAAUAAAAUUAAUGAAUUUAACACACCAACAUGCAUGCUACUUAUUUUUUUAUUUACCCGAGCUAAACGGUAGUCAAUAUUGCAAUAUCAGUGGACAUAAACAAUUUCAAACACUAAUAAUGCAUAAUCACAAAUAUUAAAUUAUUUAUGUAACAAGUUUAAAUAUCUAAAUUUUAUCUGACUCAUAAAUAUCUCUUGUUUAUUUUAAAUUAAAUACUGUUGAAAUAAUUCAUCUAAUAAGAUAAUUAAAGUUGUAAAUUGAUAUUGAUAUUUGGUAUUUAGAAUGGGACUGAAAGGUUCUCAUAAUAAAUCUGUCAACAAGUUUUGAAAAUGAUCUAAGGCCAAGUGAAAAAUUUGUUAAGUAAAACAACAAAAACAACAAACUUCAAUAAAAAAAAACACUGAUGAGGAGUGUUAUAUUUGUUCACUGAUAAAGGUUAUGAAAAAUUAUGUCUAUUAUUAUACCCAACCCAUCAGAGAAUACAUCAAGUAGUAAUUAGAACAUGCUCCUACAGUUGUUCAGUUGGAACUUAGUUUUGGAAACUUGGUUAUUACUUUUUACCAGUAUUUUAUACUGUGGUCUAUUUGAAUAUGUUCCCAUGGGUUGACCGCCUUUUGAUUUGUUUACAACUGUUCUCAAAUAAAUAAAUUUGUAUUUCAUAUCUAUGUGAUGCUUUAAAAUCUCUUCAAAAACAAUGAGAUAAAAUAUACUGACAAUUAACAAUUUGACCAAGCCCUCUGUUCCGUGUGGCUACAAUCAAUGUAAGACAAAAGCAUUAUUAUGUUGAAUAGUUAUAAAAAUAUCAAUAAAUAAAUAUUAUUGAUAAAACAAAUUUGACUCCACUCCAUGACUCCACUCCAAUUUUGACUCCACUCCAUGACUCCACUCCAAUUUUGACUCCACUCCACUCCAAAUUUGACUCCACUCCAUGACUCCACUCCAAUUUUGACUCCACUCCACUCCAAAUUUGACUCCACUCCAUGACUCCACUCCAAUUUUGACUCCACUCCACCACUCCACUCCAUGACUCCACUCCACGACUCCACUCCAUGCUUUGUAGUAUGCCAGAUUUUGAUGCCCUGCUCAGUGGUUAUUCAAAUUCUAUUGUGUGUAUGCAACCCCUUAUUAGAAAAGAGAACUAACAUUAUGGCCGGGUGUAAUAAAUGCUAUGAAUUUAUAGAAAGAAAGAUCGGUGACGGACUAGAAACGUACGGACGGUUUGUUGCUAGGCACCCUGUGAAGAUACUUCUGAUCAUGCUCCUUGCGAACGGGUUGCUAAGCUUGGGCAUGUUUCGACUAAAUUACGUCAUCGACGUCCAGAAAGUCUACGCCCCUUUGAACAGCCAAGCAAUCAAAGACAGCGACAAAUUGGCAAACACGUUCCCUGACACAAGUGGCUCCGCCUUUCUCGCGUACCAGAUGCCAGAUUUUGGAAAACAAGCGGAAGUUAUAGUCAAGCCGUUAAACGGAGAUAUUUUGAAUGCAACUUUCCUAAACCAAGUAAAAACUCUUUACGAUUUCUUGUAUACCAUUUCUUCAACCGACGCCGACGGAAAACCAGUAAACCUGCAGCAAAUAUGUGCAAGAAGCUUCGGAAACUGUUCCAUUGACGGCGACAUUUUUGUCGGGAAUGAAUUCAUUUAUGCUGUAACCACCGGUACACCUAUAAGCUAUCCAUCUUUUAUGCAUUCAACACGCGGGCCGGUCUACUACGAACAAAUCGUUGGAAAUGCUCAGGUCAACUCCGGGGUUCUUCAAAGCGCCAGUAUGUUAUCAUUACGUGUCACAUUGCGCACUGAUUCCUCUUACUACUCCGACACAGCCAAAAAUUGGCAGAACUCAUUUAUAGAUCGAAUGAAAGAAUACUCGUCAAACGACUUUGAAAUUGUGUUUUCUACCGCGGAUUCAUUAAGUACUGAGCUAAAUGACAAUGUGUCCGGAGAUAUAGCCUUCUUUUCUGUAACAUUUACUCUAAUGAUAACCUAUGCCUGCUUCGCAACAAUGACCGCCAGGUGUGAUGUGGUAGGACAGAAACAAAACCUAGGAUACGCCGGGGUUAUAGCAGCUGCCCUGGCGAUUGCGUCAGCGUUUGGACUGUGUUGUGCGGUUGGCGUGGAUUUCGUCAGCAUUGUUGGGGUCAUGCCAUUUUUGAUAAUAGGUAUCGGGGUGGACGACAUGUUUAUGCUCAUCUCUGGCUUGAUUAACUCGGAUUUCAGCAGCACUAUAGAAAAACGGAUCGGAAACACAAUGAGAACCAGCGGGGUUUCCAUAACAAUCACUUCCCUCACAGACUUGUUGGCCUUUGCGGCUGGGACUUCGUCCGUCUUCCUAAGCGUCAGAAACUUCUGUAUUUUCUCAGGCGUUGCUGUCGUGUUCUGUUACAUCAACCAGGUUACUAUUUUCGCCGCUUGUAUCACGAUCAACGAGAACAGAACAGAACAGAACCGUCACUAUAUGACGUGCAGGGUACUCGAAAAGUCUAGUGAGGACACCAAUCCAGACUGCUACAAGUUUUGUUGCACAGGCAGAAAACCGAAAAGUACAAGAGAAGCGGAAAGUUUUCUCGACAAAGUCCCGAAAUGGAUUUUACCAAGACUUUUUGCUCCUGUGCGGGGAAAGAUCAUCAUUCUUCUGUUAUUUUGUGUCUAUCUUGCUGUUUCUAUACUGGGGGUUACAGAGAUGAAACAAGGACUAGAUCUACGUAAUUUAGUUGACCCAGAUUCUUAUUACUAUAAAUAUAGAGAAUGGCUGGAUAACAAUUUUCCUGGCGGAACCCCUGUUUCCAUCGUUUUUCCUGAUAAAAUGACUUAUUCUGAUUUUAAAAUUCAGUCUCAAAUUAACGACCUUAUAACAACUGCUAACUCUGAAGACACGGUCCAAAACAAUUUCGAAAUCAAUUGGUUGUCUUCUUAUAAAAUGUAUCCAACUUACGAUAACUCCUCAGAAGCCAAUUUUGUGACAGGUCUCUGGUCUUUUCUUGCCGAUAUAACGAACAAUCGAUUCCGCAAUGACAUAAUCAUUGAUAACAGUAGUUUGACUAUCAGGUCGUCACGUAUACAUUUCAUGUCUGAAAGCAUUAAAGAUUCCCAGGAUCAAGGUAACUUCAUGUUGACAAUGAGGGAUAUAGCAGACGACAGUUCCUUGUCAGUGUUUAUGUUUUCACCAGCCUUUAUAUUUUAUGAACAAUAUGUUGUUGUGCUUUCUCAGACGCUACAGACAAUGGGAAUCGCAGUUGCUAUGGUGUUUUUUGUCACCUUCAUAUUUAUGCCACACCCAUUGCUGCUCGUGUACGUCAGUGUGGCUGUUGCCAUGAUAACGGUCGGAAUAUUUGGUUUUCUGCCAUUUCUCGGACUCACAUUAAGUUCCAUUACUAUGAUACAUAUCAUAAUGAGUAUUGGUUUUUCAGUCGAUUUUGUCGCUCAUAUUUGCCAUGGUUACAUGAUUUCAGAAGGCGAGAGCAGAAAUGAACGCAUGCGCAAUGGAUUAAACAAAGCAGGUGCUCCAAUUUUCCAUGGCGCGGUCUCGUCGAUAUUAGGGGUGGUCAUGUUGGCGGCUGCGAAGUCUUACGUAUUUUUCUCGUUUUUUAAAGUCAUGAGUAUUGUCAUCACGUUUGGAAUCGCCCAUGCGGUGUUGCUGCUUCCCGUUAUUUUGUCUCUAAUCGGGCCUUCCUUACCGAAACUGAAACCGGAAGUACCGCACAAAACGAAAUUGGAAGGGCAGACCGGCAUUGAACUCAAUGGCGUUACUAACGGAGCUCUCAAAGUAGCUUAACUUUGCACACUGUCGUUUUAUAAUUGAAAACAGUAUGUGUUCUGAGAUUUAAUUAAGUAGUUAGAAUUGCAACUACAUUGCCAGAGAAAAAGCGCAUAUUGUUGACGAGACAUCCAUUGUGGCAAACCUUUUGACAUGACAAGUUACUCAAAUGUUAUCUAGUAAGAGAAGGAGUGCACAAGUUAUUAAAUAUUACUGACAUAUGUCACUGAAAUUGUCAUCGUGUACACCCAUCUUCGAACUUCUGUUUACUUAAAUACAAUGUAUGUAAAGAUUUACAUACUUUCAAAUAUAAAUGGUAAAGUUCAAAGACGGUAUUUUGACCUUUGUUUGAAAACAGAAAACUAACUUCAUUUUAGAGGUAAACAUGUGGGUAAUCUUUUCCAAGCUAAAGAACAUAGGAAUUUUAGUGCGGCCCGUUCUUAGCUGGAUUUUCGUUUAUAAACGAUCGUUUGUUCAAAAUAAUCUCCAGUGGUGUUUUUGCCGCUGGCUGUUCCAAGGCGGUACUCCUAUUUUCACCCGUAAUUUGUGUCUGUUUCUUGUGUCAUUUUUCUAUACUUUGCAAAUUGUGUGUAAUGUUAUGCUGCUCAAUAUGUCCAUACUUUUUGGGUGGCUGUGCUCUUUGUGUGCUGCGUAUCCUGAUGGAUAUAUAUAUAUUUACUUUAAUAUGAUGACAAGUUGAGUCAGUAAUAGAAGAAUAGUUGUUUUCGUAUGGUAAGGCAUAUGAUAAUCAUUAAGCUUUGAAGUCAUUACACAAAGUCAUUUGUUAUUUAUAUACCACAUUCUCGUAAUAUUGUGUUUGAGUCAUUGUUAGGUACUUGAAAUAAAUGUAAUGAAUAUCAAAA